AUGCAUGAUGUCGCCUUAACUAGCGACCACUUUAACGAAGUUCUGGUUAGUUACUGUUCGUCCCCGGGAAACGUUUUCUUGUUAUGUCUGUUUGUUACGAUUGAUAACCCCUUGAGGAUGUCCAUUUGCGUCAAGAACUUGAAAUCAGAUCUGAAAGUCACUAGGUAUGAAAUACCAAUAGAAGCCAUGUCAUCAACGCUUCCAAAAAAUUCAUUUGGGCUACAGUUGGUACAAGUUUCUAAACCCGCCAAGAAUAAGAUAGAGUUUGAACAUUACAUCAUAGUUAGCACUGGCGAUGGGAUUCAUUUUUUCCCUUUGGAAGACCUAUUUUCCUUUGAAGAUUGCAAGCCGAACAAAUGGCACCUAAAUGCGAGCGCCGAUACAUUAACAUCGUUUUAUGCAUACAAUAUCAAGGGGUCCGAGUUGCAAGUCGUUUACUCGACGAAAUUUGGAUCUAUCGUGAAGUUCAAUUUCAACAUAGAGUCCAAGAUUUUCAAAAUGGUAAGCGAUUGCAAGGAUGCUGCUACUGACUGCAUUAAUUCCUGCAAACCUUGCACACCCGCAAAUAUCGACAAGGAGCGCAUUCAAGUUCCCGAACUCGUGUUUUCGAGCUUUGACAACUACAUAUACUCGUUGGAGGACAAACUACAAAAGUUUCCUGUUGAUCUAACGUCAGAAAAGAACAUCCUUGUUUCCGCACAUGGAGUAGUCGCAAAGCAAUAUAGCAAGAAAGCUUUGAGAUACUACGUGGCCAAUAUCGUGAACGGCGGUUGUUGCCUUUUCAAGAGAAGCGCCAAUGAUACCUGGGAUAGAAUUCGUGUCUUCGAACGUGAGAUAACAAGCCUCGAAGAGUCAUCUCCACUGAUCGACUGUGUUGUAACAUGCCAUGACCGAGCACAAUUACGGAUCGCUUCUGGCAGUGAAAGCGGGAAAGUAUACAUAUGGUGCUACGACUAUCGUGAUGACGUUGUCACCGAAAGCCAUGUCCUCGAAGUGGCAGGCGACCAAGACAUUGUUCACAACAUUCAGAUUUUAGGGUCUUUAGUGUACUUUAUGGUGAACCGGGAUUUCGUGGGUCGCACUAUGAUCCCUUAA